GCUAAAAUGCGAAUUCAAGCCCAGAUUAGGCCAGCAAGUUAACACCAAGUUUUCCUCCUCUUAAAUAAUUGUUUUGGAAGUCCUAGAGACCGAACACCCAAUUCUUCUCUGUACUUAUGGUAGUUCAAGAGUUAACUUCACUCUUGUUAAAUGAAACUAAUCUCUGUGUCAGCUCAAAGCUUAAGCAGCUUUGCCUGUUUCCACAUUCUGGUGUGUCACACCCUUCUCCAAAGAACAAAACAGCAAGUUUCCUCAAAAUCGCUAGUACAUACAGGAUGAGUUCACUUCACAGAUCUGACACGCUAAGCAUUUCUUCACUAUAAGGAGGAUUAAGCAGCAAUGGAGAAGCUAAAAUGCAUAUUUUAAAAACUGAGUUUUGAUUACUGCUACAAUGACAACUAUACUCUUAUUAAUAAGUGGACUGCUCUUCAUAUCCUCCUGCUUAUCCCAGAAAGACAGAAAAUGUAACAACAGUAGCCUGGAAUGUCAAGGUAACAAACUGCACCCCAUCAGGACCUUCCACGGCUCGCCACAAGGUGCUUAUGAAAAAAUACCUCAUUCUGCCAUAGAAGGCGCAACAAGGACCAAUCACAACCAAGAAAACAACUGUUCUGUGAAGAGGUCCUACGUUUCAGUACUGAAAGUACGCAACACCACGUUGGAGUACCUUACCAGCCCUCUGAGUGUAAAGCUGAUUCCAGCUCUAUACAUAACUGUUGUUUUAAUAGGAGUGCCAGCAAAUGCCUUCGUACUAUGGACGCUGUUUUUCAGAAUCAGGUCAGCCCGGAUUGCUAUAUUCUACACAAACUUAGCCAUUUCGGAUUUCCUCUUCUGUAUCAUGCUGCCGUUCAAAAUUUCGUAUCACCUCAGAGGCAACAACUGGAUAUUUGGAGAACCAAUGUGUCGAAUCAUGACAGCCAUCUUCUAUGGCAAUAUGUAUUGUUCCACGCUCUUCCUCACCUGCAUCAGUAUCAGCCGUUAUGUGGCCAUUGUUUAUCCAUUUACUUACAGGGCUCUGCCCAAGCAGCCCUUAGCAACAGUAGCAUGUGGGGCAGUAUGGACAGUUGUUUUCUUAUACAUGCUGCCUCUGAUCAUAGCGAAGCAAAGCUAUAAUCUGGAUCAGCUAAAUAUCUUUACCUGCCACGAUGUCAGCAAUACCUGCGAAACUCCAUCAUCCUUCCAAUACUAUUACUUCAUCUCGCUGGCAGUAUUUGGAUUUGUGAUUCCAUUCUGUGUUGUUAUUUUUUGUUAUGUUUCAAUUAUCCGAACCCUCAAAUCUUAUGAUCAGAAGUGGCUGUGGUACAUCAAAAUCACUCUUCUCAUCCUCAGCAUUUUCGCUGUCUGCUACACACCCAGCAACGUCAUACUGAUUGUUCAUCAUGUGAAUUACCAUCGAAAUUCUGCAGACAAUUUGUAUUUCUUUUACCUUAUUGCUCUAUGUUUAAGCAGUCUGAACAGUUGCCUUGAUCCAUUCCUUUACUUCAUGAUGUCCAAAACCAAAGAUAGCAGUGUUUCUCUCACCAUGGUUAAAAUACCCCGGGAUGAAAAGACGUGACACACUUCUGCUGUGGUACUUGAUGAAGUUGUAUAUACAUCAUUUGUUCAUAAAUUUACAAUUUAAGAUAUAUAUUUUUAUAAUGGCAAAACUGAAUAAAUCCGAACUACUUACAUAUGUAUUUUAGGGUUGCAAGGUUUAAUCGAUAUCACUGAGGAGAAAAUUUAACUGAUGGGGAUAGACAUUAAAGACACACAUCUGUGUUUACUUUUUAAACCUAUUUUGGUUCUAUUACAUUACCAUAAUUGGGAAUGAAAAAGAUAUCUACGGGCUUUUCCUCUAGCAAUAAGCACUAAUUUAAAUGUAAAUUACUUUAUAAUUCAUUCACCAUCUCCAGGGCAGUCUCGAGCAGGUCGGCCGCCCUGGCGCUGAGGGGCGGAGAUCGCUCCGGCGCCCCCGCUCUUGCAGGGCGCAGUAUGGUUUCCACGCAGCGCCCUGCCUACCGGCCCCGCGCCCUGGCUCACCGCGCCACCGGGGGUCUACCUAGAGCCGGCCCUGACCAUCUCAAAGAGACACCUAUAUGGAGGUUCUGGUAUUAUGUAUCUUGUUCCAAUUUAGCUAAUUAAACAUUAAUCUGCUGGUGCGCAGAUUAAUCAAACAAAAUUAUCCAACUUGUUGAUCAUCCCAAUGUUUCUCUUUCUAAAACUGAAAAGGCUAGCAAUGGAACACUUAACACAUUACUUUUCCUUAAUCUCAAAAUAUGUCUUAAUUUACAUGCUACAUUUUAGUUGUGUUGUUGCUACUCCCCUGUGGUCAUUUCCUGCACUGCAUUGCUAAACCUGAACAUUACAUUUAUUGCCUAGAAUAGUAUGUUUACAUAAAGCAAGUCCCACUGCACUCGGUACGACCUAAAUUUUGAAUAAAUGUUUCGUAUUUAUUCAUUGGCAUUUGAUAUCAGUUCCGUUACUUUUUUAAGGCUAACAACUCACAAAUGCAUCUUUUUUUUGUAAUACCAGUAUUAUUAUUUUUAAAAGCAACUUUAACAUAGCUGC